AUGAAUGCUGCUGGGUGGUUGUUGGUGUUGGCACUGGCGCUGCCGGUAGCUGCCGCCGCCUCGGGCCAACUGAACCUGGACCUGACGGAUGAGCCGGAGGGUGACGACUACAACGAAGUCAAGACCCUUUUGCUUGUCACUGAUGACCUCAAUGCCUCCCACACGGCUGCACGGCGGCUGGCUAAGCUAGGUUUGGCCAGCUUGCGCCUGGACCUUCAUGGCUUGGUCGUCUCUCAUGCCUGUAUUGUGUACGUCAACCCCCGCUGGUGUCUUCGCCAUAGAGCUCGACUCUUUGAAGGCACCUCAGGAGGCAUCGGGCCUCGUGCUUCUGGGCAAUGUCUUCGGUCAGUGCACGCGGCAAAUGCCGCUCUUCGCUCCAACUACCACUCCCAGACGACACCUCAAACUAAGCACCGCGCUUCAAGUUCUGAUUACUCUGUUCCUUACCCUCACACUCUCCUCCGACUGGCUCGAAUGUUCUUAGAUUCCGAGUACGACCACGUGUCUCUGCUGGAAGCAGCCUUUGAUGCGGGCCUGAACAUGGUAGUGGCCUUUGCCGCCGAUCCUCCUCGGGCAGCUGGCCAUGCCAUUGCUCAAAACCUUGCCACCGCGUUUGGAUACGAGCUUGAUAACAAAGCCACUCUGCUCCACGACACGGCCAUCCAAGGUGCACGCGUGACCGUUGGCAGUUCAAACCAUCUCAUCGUCGACGCCAGCCACUCGUUGACUUACAAAGGCCGCGCAUUGAUCCCACACACGCCCAACGAGCUGGUUGCGCCCGUGUUUGUGGCCCCUCCCACUGCCUACUCCGCGGUGAUUGAGAAUGAAGAUGGCUCCCACCGCAACCCCAGCCAGUCCGUCCCUCAAGCCACCCAGGCCUUGGCUCAGCUAUUGGCGUGGACCUUGGGCGAUCGCGCCCGCAUGCAACUGUACUCCAUCAAACUCAACACCAACCGUACUCACCUGGUGAUCGAUGCAUUCUUGUCUCGGCACGAGCUGGAUAACGUGUGUGCCACCAUGGAAGUGACAGUGUUACAGGGCUAUUCUGUGCCAGUGGACACGUUGAGCAUGGUUGACUGGGGAAGCUCUAUGUGUCGAGCGGCCGUGCCCUUGGAUGGUUUGGAAGCUGGAUCAACUCGCGUGGCGGUGCGCCGUCAUGUGCUCGGUGCCACCUUUCUUUAUGCUCGCAAAGAGACCACUCUGCGCCACAAGGCAUUAGCGCCGAGCUGGACCGAGUGGCUUGCGGCGCGUUGGCUCUCACUCGCAGCAGCUGCCGUGUUCUUGGUGGCCGCACACCUGGUGCGCACCGCAGCAGGCCGGGCCCAGAGCACCAAGAAAGACUCGUGAUUCAUGCAAAGGCACGGGGGGAAAUUAAUUGUACAU